CUCGGUCGCCAUUUUAAUGCAUAUUCUGUAGGCAAGUUAUACUCUGAUUUUUAGAUUUUUUGUGCGUGUUUUUCAACUGUUUAAUUACAAUUUUAAUCGUUUGUGCUACUCAUUAAUAUUUAGUUUAUAUGAUACAUAUUAUGUGAAUUAGUUCAUUUGUGACUCAAAAUGCCUAGAUACGACGACAGCCCGAGAGACCGGAGUCCAAUUGAAUCACGCCGUGAUCGAAAUAGAAUCAAAUCACCAUCUGACCGUAGACGUGGACGUGAUUCACCUGUAAAUGUUUCAUUGCGAAGUGGAAGUGUUAGAGAUCCUUAUGAUGACUAUCCAACUUCUAGAGUGAAAUCAGAACGUGAAUCAGCGGCCUAUAAAAUAUUGUGUAUCUCUAAUCUUAAUGCUAAAGUUGGUGAUACCACUGUCAAAGAAGCUCUUAGUAGAGAGUUUAGCCGGUUCGGCGAUGUUUCAGUUAAGGUGUGUCAUGACGAUAAUGAUAGAUUUGCUUACAUUUACUUUCGUUCUUAUGAGGAAGCUCGAGAAGCGCGACAUAACAAGCCUAGACUUCAUCUAUUUGAUAAGGCUGUUGAAAUUGAGCCUAUUUAUGAUCAUCGCAGUAGCAUGUUGACUAGCAGUAGCAGUAGCUCUGGAAGAAGGAGAAGUGUUUCACCGGCAUAUACCUCAUCACGUAGUGCUCGAGGUCCACCAGCAAGUCCACCGCCCAGUAGUCGACGACCACCACCACCUCCUCCCCCUCUACCCCUGCAAUCAAGAAACAAUGUAGAAAAGAGCUCGAGUAAUAGUGGUAAUAGCAAUCAACAGUAUUCUAGGCCUGCACAUAGGCCAUCAACUAGCUCUAGUAGUGAUUAUCAUCACCAAACUCGUCCUUCCGGAACUACAAAUAGACAAACUCACCGCGAAUCUAAAAAAGAGAAAUUUCCCAAUUACUUGCAUCACAUUCCUCCGGAAGAUGAUGAUAAAGCAACUCGAACUUUAUUCGUGGGAAAUCUCGAAGUUACAAUUUCUGAAGCUGAUUUAAGACGCAUAUUCGAACGAUACGGUGUAGUUGAAGACAUUGAUGUGAAAAGACCUCCUCCUGGACAAGGAAAUGCUUAUGCUUUUAUAAAAUUCUUGAAUCUUGAUAUGGCUCAUAGAGCUAAAGUUGAGAUGUCAGGACAAUAUAUCGGCAAAUUUCAAUGUAAAAUAGGUUAUGGUAAAGCCACUCCUACUCCAAGGAUUUGGGUUGGAGGAUUGGGACCAUGGACAUCUCUUACACAUUUAGAGAGGGAAUUUGAUAGAUUUGGCUCUAUCCGAAAAAUUGAUUUUACGAAAGGAAAUAACUAUGCUUACUUACAAUUUGAUAGCAUUGACGCUGCUACUGCUGCUUGUCAAGAGAUGCGAGGUCACGCAUGUGGACCAGACAAGCGUUUAAGAGUUGAUUUCGCUGACCCAAGUCCAUAUAGUCGAGACCCGAGCUCCGAUUACAACUCACCACCGAGACAAGUUACUACCACUUCAAGUGCUUCAAGAUACCAUGGAAGUGAUUAUGGUGACAACUACAAUGAAAAAACAAGUUCAAGAACUCGUCCCGCCAACGUUAGUGGGGAUAGUUAUAGUGGCAAUGACAAUGAGGAUAAUAAACGUGAAAGAAGUGGUUAUCCUAGUGGUAGUGGUAGUGGUAAUAAUUCCAAUUGGAAUUACUGGGAGGAAACCUCUCGAAGUCCAAAUGACCGGCGCAGAGCCAGGCCAAGGACCCCUGAAACUGGUAGUGGUGAUGUGAGUGAACGCAAAAAGUCUCGUCGAACCUCCUUGUCUCCCGAUGGUGGACUAGGAGGCGACCGUACUCCUGGAUCACCACGUCGUUCAAGUAGAACCAGUGCAGGACAAGAAUCAGCGGGUAAACAUUCACCCAACUUUGAAAGGAAUAAAAGUGAAGAACGUAAUCGUGCUCCAGCUCCCUUGGAGAAUAUUAAAGUUUUCUCUGAUUUUACUAAAUUUUGUCCUUCUGCAUGGAACGGAGGUUUAAUAUUGAAAAACAGCGCCUUCCCUGCUAAAAUGUACCUUUGUAGUGGGGAUAUUUCCCUUGUUGAUAUUCUAAUGCAAGAUCCAUCAUCGGAAAUGCCUAUGCUCAAGAUUACCCAGCGACUACGUUUUGAUCCACUAAAGUUAGAAGAUGUAUCAAGAAGGAUGAACAGUGCCGGCGCUUCAGGACACUGUAUGCUAUUCGCCACAGCAGGAUCUAGCAACGCACAGCUUCAAGCAGGACUUGGUGAAGAUGGACGGGCCGUGCAAACCCGACCUUUGAAAAAUCUUGUGACUUAUUUAAAGCAAAAAGAAGCUGCUGGUGUCAUCUCGUUAACAAACAAUAAAGAGGUCAUUGGAGUGCUUUAUGCUUUCCCACCAUGUUCAUUUGCAUUGGAUCUUCUACGCAAAGUUGCACCCAAUUUAUCUGCAGAAAGUCCUAAGGAAGAAUAUUUAGUUGUGGUUGUAGUACGUGGUUCAACCUAAUCAUAUCUUAAAAGCUAGCAGUUAAAGAAUAGACGACAACUUGUAUUCAAUACUCUUCAACAUCAUGCUUGUUCUUAUUCAUUACCUGAAUGAAUUUGACAUUUUCUUACCUUCCCCUCUAUCCCUUUAUACUUCACAUAUUUUCCUUUUUUUGACCUCCCUUCAGUGUAGGUUUUUUUUGGUUUCAUUUUCUGAAUCUAUGUGAGUGUAGGUGCAGCAUAAAUGACUUAAGGAGCAACAACAAGACCACCGACAUCGACAUGUAUUUUAACUUUAACCUCUGCAGAAUUAUUUGAGCCAAGGAUGAUGUUUAAUCGAUCAACUUUAAAUCUCAAAUUUAAACCAGCACUUUCUUGACGAAAUAAUGUAAAUCUACUAAUUAACCUUUCAAUGAUUGGUCAGUGUUAUAUUGUGCCAGUUUACCACUUAAUCUUACACGUUUAUCUAAAACUCAGAAAGCAACUACUGCCACCGCACACUUAAAAAACAACAUAUGAUUCUUUUUCUUGUAUUAUUAUAUUAUUUAAAUGAGAGCAAAAUAAUAAUUUACCAUAAUCCUAGGCUGUGGUCUUAUAAAAAAUGAAUUUUUGAUGAUCUCUUUA